AUGGGAAGAUCUCCAUGUUGUGAGAAAGCUCACACGAACAAAGGAGCAUGGACGAAAGAAGAAGACGAAAGGCUCAAAGCUUACAUCAAUACUCACGGCGAAGGUUGCUGGAGAUCCCUUCCUAAAGCCGCCGGACUUCUCCGUUGCGGAAAGAGCUGCCGUCUCCGGUGGAUCAAUUACCUCCGACCUGACCUCAAACGAGGCAGCUUCACCGAGGAAGAAGACCAGCUCAUCAUCCACUUCCACAGCCUUCUUGGCAACAAAUGGUCAGUUAUAGCUGGGAGAUUACCAGGAAGAACCGAUAACGAGAUCAAGAAUUAUUGGAACACUCACAUAAGAAGAAAGCUUAUAAGCAGAGGAAUCGAUCCCACCACACAUAGACCAUUCAUGCUCCAAGAUUCAGCUUCUCACCAUUCUAAGUCUACCCACUUAGACCCUAACACUAACACCUUCAACAUUUCCUUCACUUCUUCGUCUCCAACUUCUUCUGCUUCUUCUUCUUCUCCCCAAGAAAAUUUCUCUUUCAUGGCGAAAAAGCCAGAGAAAGUUGAAGUUGGGACGUUUUUCACGUGGAGUGAGGAGAAAAGAGAGUGCCCGGUUGAGGAAAUGUUUCCAGAUAUGAUCAAUCUAGAGCUAAGAAUCAGUCUUACUUGUGAUGAUCCUCAAAGCUCCGGAAACGGAAGCUUGUUGGGGUCGAAGAACGGCACGGAAUGCUUAAGCGAAAGAUUGAGAUGCUACGACUACGUAGUUGGAGAUAGCUGCGACAGUAGUGACGUCAGCACCGAAUACGAUUUUAUAGGUUUGGGUUUGGCAAAUAAUAACACCAAUUCUCCUAUCUUGGGUCUCACGAGCUUGUUGAAUAUGAAUCGGAAUAUAUGA